AUGUACCGCAGCAACGCCCAGCGCACGGGCACGAACGACGUGCCGCUCCCCAGCAUGCGCCGUUGGGGCGGCGGUGGAGGAUCCGACGGACCCCCUCCUCCCGGCCCUCCUCCUCCUCGCGACAGCUACGGUGGAGGCUACGGCGGUGGCUACGGGCGUGAUGACCGCGGUCCGCCACCACGAGACUCGUACGGCGGCGGUUACGGCGACCGGGAUUCGCGCGGUGGAUACGACUCUCGCGGAGGGGGAGGAGGAGGGUACGGCGGCGGCGGAGGCUACGAUGACCGUGGACGCCCUUCGAGCCGCUUCGAUGACCGCAGCAGUGGUGGCUACGACGACCGUGGACGCGGCCCUCCUCCCCCUCCACCUUCUGCCGGUCUCCCUCCCCCUCCACCUCCUCCUGGCGCCGAUUCACCUGCGCCCGGCGAGCGCAAGAGAAAGAGUCGUUGGGGAGACAAGUCGGAUGCGGCGGUGCCGGUCGCCAUCACGGGUGGUGUGCAGGAGAAGGAUCUCGAGACGUAUGCAGUCCAAUUGCGCCUCGACGAGAUUCAGCGCGCCCUUCGCACCGGCCAGGUCGUCCCGCCCGACGGCGCACGCUCUCCCUCUCCCCCGCCGACGUACGACUCGCACGGUCGCCGUACCAACACGCGCGAAGUGCGCUACCGCAAGCGUCUCGAAGACGAGCGCAUGCGCCUCAUCGACCGCCAGAUCAAGCUCGACCCGAACUUCCGUCCUCCUGCCGAGUACCUCGUCGCGAAGCGUCAGAACAUGGGCCGCCCGCAGGAGAAGAUCUACAUCCCCGUCAAGGAGUUCCCCGAGAUCAACUUCUUCGGCUUGCUCGUCGGACCGCGUGGCAACUCGCUCAAGAAGAUGGAGCGCGAGAGUGGCGCGAGGAUUAGUAUCCGUGGAAAGGGCUCGGUCAAGGAGGGCAAGGGCAGGCCCGGGCGCGAGGACGACGAGAACGACGAGCUGCAUUGCUUGAUCACCGGUGACAGCGAGGAGAAGGUGCAGGCUUGCGUCAAGCUCAUCAACUCGGUCAUCGAGACGGCCGCAUCCGUUCCCGAAGGCCAGAACGACCACAAGCGCAACCAGCUGCGUGAGCUCGCCGCGCUCAACGGCACGCUCCGUGACGACGAGAACCAGAUCUGCCAGAACUGCGGCGGCGUCGGCCAUCGCAAGUACGAUUGCCCCGAGCAGAAGAACUGGAGCGCCAACAUCAUCUGUCGCAUCUGUGGCGGAGCCGGCCACAUGGCUCGCGACUGCACGCAGCGCCCCGGCAGGCCCGGCUUCGGCGCUCCUCCCGGCUUCGGCUCGCCCGCUCCCGCCGGCCCUCCGAUGGCCCAGCAGUUCGACUCGGAGUACGCCAAGCUCAUGGCCGAACUCGGCGAGACCGACACGGCCCCGCCUAUCGCUGCGACUGGUCCGCCUGGACCCGGUGGUGCGCCUGGAGGUCCGAUCGCUGCGCCGGCCAUGCAGCAGACUCAGCCCGUCGAUGCGAACGGGAACAAGAUCCCGCCGUGGCGCAUCCCCGAGAACUGGCACCCGCCGUCGGGCAUGAACCGUGGUCCUCCGCCUCGCCAGCCGCCUCCGCCUCCCGCUCCGUACGGCGGUCCGCCGCAAGGCAACGGCUACAACGCCUACCCACAAGCAGGCUACGGCGCCGGUGCAGGAUAUGGCGGCUACCCGCCUCAACAGCCGGCCGGCUACGGCGGCGGAGGGUACUGA